UGCACCCACCCUCUGCCUUGGCACCCCCCAACCUGCAGCCCCCCCUCCCUGGGGGCCAAAGACUCCCUUCCCCCCAGUGCCACCCCAAUGUCCCCAUGGUGUCCCCAGGGCCAGGCUGGGUGGCGCAAGGCUGUGGUGAUGACAUGUGGCUUUGUGCCCCCUAUAAAGGGGACAACGGGCAGGGCCCCCCAGACCCCAGGUGAGGAGCAGGGAUAGGGACUGGGACAUGGAGGAGGACAUGGGAGUGGGCUCAGCCCCUGGCUGCUGGGGAGGGGACCAGGGGUGGGCAUCCCUGAGGCUGGGACAAGGGUGUUGGGGGACACGGGGGUCUCUGGGAUUCCAGGAGUACAUGGAAGUGGCACAGGGGAUGAUGGGGCACAGAGGGGCAGGAUGGGGUGAGGGACACAAGGUGGAAUUGAGGGUGGCAGUAGGACAGUGGGGACAGGGGGGAUGGCAGAAGGGCCACAGAGAGAACAGAUUGUUACCAAGGGUGGCAGAGGGGCUCUGGACUGUGGUGCAGGGUGAUAGGGUGACAGGGCUGUGGCAUCUCCAGAGGGUGCUGGUGCUGUCCCCCGUGUCCCUGCGUGUCCCACUGCCAUGUGGCCGUGCCUGCUGCUCGCUCUUGCCCUGCUGGGCACUGUCCCUGCCAGCCACCAUGCUGUGCCCGCAGCCCCCCGGCAGCCCCAGGGGGUCCCCGCUGGUGACACCACCCAGCUGUACUACACCGUGGUGACGAAGCUGCGCACCUACUCGGGCGCCCAGCGCUACUGCCAGGACGUGUACCGGGGCCGGCUGGCCUCUGUGCACAGCGCUGCCCGCAACCAGGAGCUGCAGAAACUGGCACAAACCUACCGCAUCAUCAUCGCACCCUGGAUUGGAGCUGUCACCAGCUGCAGGGCAGGGCAGUGGGAGUCCUACUGGGAGGACUCCAGCCCCUGGAACUACGCAAACUGGGCGCCCACCCACCCCUUCCACAUUGUCACCACCUGCACCACCCUCAGCGUCCGAGAUGGGCUCUGGCGAAGCCACUUCUGCUUCGAGCUGCGUCCUUUCAUCUGCCAGUACUGAGCCCCCGGCGCUGCCAUGGCAGCCCAGUUCCUUUCCCAGUAAAGCAGAGAAGCCCU